AUGAUUCGAACCCUCGUUUCCAAGCCGAUUCCUGGAAAGCCACAUUUUGAGGAACUACUGGAUCAAUUGACUGCUCCAGUUUAUGAUGUGCCCAAUCUCUCUCGACAGGCCUUCCAGUCCAUAUCUGCAGCCACUGGAGUCGUUGCUGCUGCCAGCGGUGAUAUUGAGAAGGUAGAUCAACUUUGAAG